UCGUUCAUCUUUCGUGACGGUUCCUUAAAAUCUAGGAAGCAUAUAAAAGUCAUGAUUUAGUGAGUUUCCAUCAGGCAGUUUCUCUUACAACUCACGCUAUAUUUGUGGGUUCAUUCUGUUGUCUACCAUCAUUUCCAAACUGUUUGGGUACUGAAGGGAGAAGUACGAUAACGCCUGCCAGGAUGAGACUCUUAAGAGAAAAAGAGAUCAUAAUUCUACUAUUUGCAUUGAUUCUGGUUCACGGUUUUGAAUACUCCGAGAUGAAAUGUAAUGACUGUGAUGAGCAACAUUUUUGCAACUGUUCCUUCAAACAUCUACAACACGUCCCUGAAAUUCCAUUGAAUGCUCGGGGCCUCGAUCUGUCUUUCAAUCAAAUCGAGUCGAUCGGCAUGACAGACCUCAGGCAAUAUACUGAGCUAAAAACACUCAACUUACACAAGAACAAGCUUGAGUUUAUUCACCAGGAGGCGUUCAACUCUCAAGCGAAGUUAGAAGUCCUCGAUCUGUCUUUUAACAAGCUGGAAAAACUAUCUUCAUGUUGGUUCCAAGAGCUAAAAUCUCUUCAACAUCUAAACCUUUUAGGAAACCCAUAUACCACUCUGGGACCUUCCCCUCUCUUUCGGUUUCUGGUUAACCUGAGGACAUUGCGAAUUGGAAGUCCAUCACUGAAGGAGGUAUACAAGAAUGGCUUGGGUGAGCUCACUCAUCUAGAUGAGAUGACAGUCGUUGGCAGUAGCCUGAAGUCAUAUGAGAACGGAAGCUUUCAAGCGGACCGACCCAUCGGUUUAGUCUCCUUGAGCCUUCAAAAUCUAUUCGAGAAGGACCCAGAACUUGUCUAUAAAAUCCUUCAAGACGUCUCUCAUUCUGAAACUGAGUUGAUGAUUAGAGAUAGCAAUAUUCGAACCAAUACUUCGAUGGAACCCUUCAAAGCAUCGAAAGAAGGGGGGAUUAGACGUCUGAAGUUUUUAAACACCACCACGACAGAUGAAGCCAUCACCAAUCUACUGAUGAAUUUGGACGGUUCCCCUCUGUCUUACCUCGGUUUGGAAGAUGUGCAACUUAUUGGUCACGGGUGGUGGCAGAAAGCUAAUAACACACAUUACGAAAACUUGCAUACGAUCUACGUACACAAUCUUGACAUCCAAGGGUUUUUUAAAUUUAGCAGCAUGAGUCCAUUGGAAUUUCUUCUGAUGUAUUUACACAAGGUCUCUAUAAUAAACAGCAUGCUUUUUGUGAUUCCUCGGCUAACUACUUUAGCCUUGCUACAUAUAGAAUACCUUGACUUCAGCCAAAAUCUUCUGACAGACAUGACAAUUCAGGAGACCUUGUUUACUGGAUUGGGUCAACUUCAAAAUCUUAACACACUCAACGUAAGUCAGAACUCUUUAAAAUCUUUCGAGGUGUUGUCAGGUCUCGUGGCUAAUCUUAAGAAACUUAUUAAUUUAGACGCAAGUCACAAUAGUUUCGUUUCCAUGCCAGAGAAAUGUCGUUGGCCAGUGACUCUCAGGUUUUUAAACCUUUCGAAUACAAAGCUUCUUCGGUUGACCCCUUGCCUGCCUUCGAGCUUAAACGUACUGGAUCUGAGUGAAAAUGAUCUAAAAUCGUUCCACCAACGGUUUCCUAAUCUCACAACGCUUAUACUGACGGGCAACAGAUUUUUUAAUCUACCACAGGGGGGAUUUUUUCCAAAUUUAGAGACGUUGCUCAUUCAGAGGAACGCCUUGAGGAUGUUCACCAAGAAAGACUUGAGUAGGUUCAGAAACUUGCAAUACUUGGAGGCGGGCACAAACAACUUUUUGUGCUCCUGCGAGUUUGUGUUUUUCUUCAGAAAUAACGUUGACGAUCUUGUCACUCUAAGGGACGGUCGUCGAAACUAUAUGUGUGACACCCCGUUUUCUCUCAGGGGUGAUGCUAUUGACAGCGUAAGAUUGUCAGUGUUCGAAUGUCAUAUGAUUCUGGCUGUUUCGACCCUUUGUGCUGCGAUUAUGUUUGUCCUUAUAGGUAUUGCUGUCACCUGUCAUAAGCUUCACAUCAUCUGGUACCUGCAGAUGACUAAAGCAUGGAUACAAGCGAAACGAAAGCCAACCGUUAGUCGGUCCCCUGGAGAACUUCGCUAUGAUGCUUUUGUGUCGUACAGUCAACAUGAUGCUGAGUGGGUUGAGGAGAUCCUAGUUCCAAAUCUAGAGAACGCUCAGCCACCUUUUGCUCUAUGUCUGCACCAACGGGACUUCCGGCCGGGUCGUUGGAUCGUGGAUAACAUCAUUGACUCGAUCGAAAAGAGCCACCGGACUCUGUUUGUUCUGUCUGAGCACUUUGUGACCAGUGAAUGGUGCCGCUACGAACUGGACUUCUCACAUUUUCGUUUAGUUGAUGAAUACAACGAUUCUGCCGUCCUGAUACUGCUGGAGCCAAUCGAGAAAGAGACCAUACCCAAGCGUUUCUGCAAACUGAGGAAGUUUAUGAACUCAAGAACAUAUCUGGAGUGGCCUGAGGAUGAAGAGAAACGAUCAGAGUUCUGGAGCAAUCUGAAAGCUGCACUGAGUAGAGAUCAAUGUUAAAGUUUUGGUUUCGGGCUGGGUUUUAGAAACCCUCAAGUCAUUUUAAACCUGUUUGAACUCAGAUAUGUUGGAAAACUUUAUUAACUGGCACCCAUUCAAUUGCAUUGGUUUUGUGUCUAUACAAUAUAACUGAAUGGCUGUGACUAAUAUUUGGCGUACAUGUCUGUGACUGUUAUGUGAUUAAGGUAUUAACAGCACAACAAAUAUUGACAUUCAGGUCACGUGUUAUUGUCAGAUUGUGCGUGAUUGCAAGACCUAACACUAGGCCAUUAUACUAUCCAAAAUAUUAUUCAAUGUUUAAAAGCUUUAUUGAGUUAUAAAUGACUAGAAUUGUUUCAAAAUAUAGAACUAAAAGUUAAUUAAAAUCGCGUAGGCUAAGUAGAAUGAAAGCUUUGAACCAGUGUUUCAAUGAUUUUACACAUAUUUACUGCGUUUUAUAAAGAUCCAUAUGUGUGUUUAGAUAGUGACUGCUUUUAACUUACAACAGGGUGAAGGUGAACUUUUAAGCUGAACAGUAUUUUAUGCACUUGGCGCCAUCUACUGGAUAUUUUUUAACUUCUUAAAAUGUAUUUUUCAAAUACCGUGAAACUAUUAGAAAUCCUUCUUUGUAAGUCUCUUUGGCUAAAAUCUGCUAUAAAUGCACAUUUUUAGUUUUUGAUUUAUUGUAAAUGACUUAAUGAAGUGCCUUAUGACAUUGGUGAAGGUACAGUUUUUACAGAACAUAUAGUUCAUCACAUCUGUGGGCUCUUAUGUUCAUUUGUUUCCUGAUAGUAUAAUUUUUUUUAUAGAUUUCAUGUACAUUUUGACUGUGCUGCAAAAUAUAUAAAUUAGACUGCUCCAGUGAAUAUAUUUCAGUGUAUGUUUUUUUUUCGAAAGUCAU